AUGGAAAACGGCGACGCAGAAAUGGUAGAUGCAGAAAAUGGCACCGAGCAGCCAAUUGAACAGUCAAACGGGUCGAUUCAAACCAAUCAGAAGCCAGAUGAAGCAACUGCAAGUGUUUCUGAGCAGCAAGCAGCCAAUGAGGCACCGAGUACGGGACUCCCGCCGCAUCUUCAGGUUCAGGAUGGGCAGCAGAGUGCAGAUAUCGGCAUGCAAGGGACCGGGGAAGCAGAAGAGACGGAAAACUUGCAGGAACCACGGCCAAACGCACUUCUUUUGAAAGGUGUGAAUUCUCUUGAUACACGUGCCAUCAAGUACUACAUAGACCACUAUGUGCGGCCGGAUUACUCGUUUAACAACAGGGAUAAGUACGCGAGGUUCGCCUACAGGCUUGAGUGGGUGAAUGACGAGUCGGUGAACGUGGUUUUCAUUUCUAGAGACGAGGGAGAGCAGGGUGCACAAGAGGCUCUUCAAAUUCUCACAGACGAGUCGAUCGAGCAGCCAGAGACACUCUCUGCGACGGACGAGCGGGUGGCAAAGCCGUUUGUGAGGGAAAAAGGGGCAAAGGAAGAAACUGGCGAGGAUACAGCGGACAAUGUUCAAUUAACGGUGAGGCAAAGCUUGAAAGGAGACAGAAAGGUGAAAAACGCCCGGAUAUACUCGCGGUACUACUUGAUGCACGGGGAGCCGGACCGCGCCGAGAGGAUGCCGGCGGCAAGGGAGAGGAGGGCCCGCGGGAACGGCUACGAGCCACGGCUGGCCGGCGAACAUGCCGAAGAUCUCAUAACUGGUGAGAAAGUUGCAGAAGAGGAACUUUUGGGAGAUCGGGCCGGGUCUUUCCGGCCUGUUCCAGCACGUGGAGAUGACAGAGAGGAUGAUUUGUUUAGUUACAGGGGAAGGAGAGGCCGAGAUGAUGAAUACAGGGCUGAGAAUGGUGAUUAUAGAAAUGGAGAUGAGUAUGGAGACUACAGGGAUGAUAGAGGGGAUUAUAGGGAUAGAGGAGACUAUAGGGAUGACCGUGGCUACAGAAACGAGUACAGAGACGAUUAUGGCCGCAGAGAUGCCGGUUAUAGGGAUAACGGCUUUAGGGAUACGUGGAGACCAUCAGAUGAAAGAAGUAGUCGAGGAGAACGCAGAAGAAGAAGGAGAAGAGGAAGAGGAAGAGACAGGGGUGAUUUGUUUGAUGCUUAUCGUACUUCGAGAGAUGAAGAUCAUUCUAGAAGAAGCAGGGCAGAUGAGGAGGAUUUGUUCCCAGAUUUCUUUAAGAGAAAACAGGAACAGACGCAAAGAGAUAGAGAGGAGUCACCAUCAAGACCGGAGCAGUAG